UCUCUUUUCAAGUUUCAAUUGAUUCCGAAUUCUUCAAUCUCUUGUUAAUUUACAAAUAUGUCUCCUCAAUCCUCAUCAUCCACUUUCCGUAAGCCACGGGAAUCAAUCUCUGUAAAGUUCAAGUAGGGACGGCUCACGGCAGUAUCUAUCAAACUCCAAAUCGAUUGCAUUCAAGAAAAAUCAACCUAAGCUGGAGAGAAUCAAAGAAAACGACGAUCUCUGUCCAUUGAUAAAGAGAAUAAGGUGGACGUGGCUUCGGUAUAUGAUGAUGAUGAUGAAACAAACUCCGUUAAAAGUCUUCGAUUAUUCCGAUCGAUUCCAUCGAAUUUCGCUUUCUGAACCUGGCGGAUCAUCUGCUGUGGUUUUACUUCAAAAUGGACGUCUCAUCUCCUGGAAAAACAAUCAUGGAGAGGAAUUGCUAUCUGUUAGCGGCGGCAAGGCGAUUUCGAAAUCACCUGAAUCAUUAAGAGGAGGGAUUUCAAUCAGGUUUCGACAGUUUGGCAAUUCGGAGACACCUCUGUCUCCAAGAAAGAUAUUCUGGUCACUAGACGAAGACUGCGAUUCUCCAUUGCGAUUACUUGUUCCCAAUAGCAAUCAGUCGUCGUCAAGUGUUAAUCUCAUCUUUAAGGCUACAAAAGAAGAUAAGAAGAUGUGGCCAUCUAGCUUUGAAAUGCGGCUAAGUAUUUCUUUGGACUUGGGAAAGCUAACUUUGGUUCCUUGUGUUAAGAACACUGAUUCAAAGCCUUUUGCAUUUACAUUCUCACUUUGCAACUCCUUAUGCGUAUCCGAUAUCAGCGAAGUUCGUGUGGAAGGAUUGGAGACGCUCGAUUACCUGGAUAACUUGGAUCAACGGAAGAGAUUUACUGAGCAAGCUGAUGCCAUUACUUUUGAUGGCGAGGUGGAUCGAGUUUAUUUGAAUACAAAUGAAGAUAUUGCCAUUAUAGACCACAAGAAGAAAAAGACUUUGGUGGUUCGCAAAGAAGGCUUGCCAGAUGUGGUUAUUUGGAAUCCUUGGAACAAGAAUGGGAAGGCAGUGUCAUUUGAGGGCCAAUUAGGUGGCAUGGAUUACAUGACCAUGUUAUCGGUUUGUUCGGGUGUGAUUGAGAAACCGAUGAUCCUUAAACCUUCGGAAGAGUGGAAAGCUCGACAUGAGAUUCGUGUGGUCUCCUCGAGCUAUUGCAGCGGCCACUUGGAUUCUCAAAUGGUUCUUCGAGAAGGAGGCUUGACCAAUUCCCCGUUCUGAUUAAAAUGGUGUUACUUGUAUAUUGUACAUAUUCCCUAACAAUUGUUGGUAUGUAUUGUGUCAAAACGUUUUUAGGUUGAAUAGUAUGUGUUUGACUUUAUCUUUUAA